GCCCCGCCUUGUCAUUGUCCCCCUAAGUUUCUUUCUUCCUAAAAGCUCUGAGAGCCGCUCCCUUCUCCCUUGUGCCCCGCGUCCGUCCACCUAAAGUGGUUCGGGCUAGCAGGAUGGAGGGCUGCAUGGGGGAGGAAUCUUUUCAGAUGUGGGAGCUCAACCGACGCCUGGAGGCCUACCUGGCCCGGGUCAAGGCGCUAGAGGAGCAGAAUGAGCUGCUUAGCGCAGAGCUUGGGGGUCUCCGGGCACAAUCCGGGGAUACCUCCUGGCGGGCCCGAGCCGAAGACGAGUUGGCUGCCCUGCGGGCCCUCGUCGACCAACGCUGGCGGGAGAAGCACGCGGCCGAGGUGGAGCGCGACAACCUGGCAGAAGAGCUGGAGGGCGUGGCGGGCCGAUGCCAGCAGCUUCGGCUGGCACGGGAGCGGACCGCCGAGGAGGCAGCCCGCAGCCGGCGAGCGGUCGAGGCUGAAAAAUGCGCCCGGGGCUGGCUGAGCACCCAGGCAGCGGAGUUGGAGCGCGAGCUAGAGGCUCUGCGCGCGGCGCACGACGAGGAACGCGCCAGCCUGAACGCUCAGGCUGCCUGUGCCCCCCGGGUCCCCGCUCGGCCCCGCGGGCCCUCGGCACCGGCCCCCGAGGUGGAGGAGCUGGCCAGGCGGCUGGGUGAGGCGUGGCGCGGGGCAGUGCGCGGCUACCAGGAGCGCGUGGCGCACCUGGAGACAUCCCUGGGCCAGGCCCGUGAGCGGCUGGGCAGAGCUGUGCAGGGUGCUCGGGAGGGUCGCCUGGAGCUGCAGCAGCUCCAGACAGAGCGCAGCGGCCUCCAGGAGCGCAGGGAAGCGUUGGAACAGAGGUUGGAGGGCCGCUGGCAGGAAAGACUGCGGGCGACUGAAAAGUUCCAGCUGGCUGUGGAGGCCCUGGAGCAGGAGAAGCAGGGCCUCCAGAGCCAGAUCGCCCAGGUCCUGGAGGGUCGACAGCAGCUGGCACACCUCAAGAUGUCCCUCAGCCUGGAGGUGGCCACAUACAGGACCCUCCUGGAGGCUGAGAACUCCCGGCUGCAGACACCUGGUGGCAGUUCCAAAGUUUCCCUCAGCUUCCAGGACCCCAAGCUGGAGCUGCAUUUCCCUGGGACCCCAGAGGGCCGGCGUCUGGGACCUCUGCUCCCUGUUCUUAGCCCAACUCCCCUCCCCUCCCCUUUGCCUAAUACUCUUGAGACCCCUGUACCAGCCUUUCUGAAGAGCCAGGAAUUCCUCCAGGCCCGUACCCCCACCUUAGCCAGCACCCCCAUCCCACCCACACCUCAGGCUUCCUGUCCUGCUAUGAAUGUAGCGGCCAGAGCCCAAGAUGCUCCUAUCUCCCAGCUCCAGCCACAGGGUGGGAGCCAACAGGCUCCAGAGACUGUGUGGGCUGAAGCCAAGGUGGCUGUCCCUGCCAGCAUCCUCCCAGGACCAGAGGAACCUGGGGGCAAGCAGCGAGAGGCCAGUACUAGCUCAUCCACUGAACAUCAGCCCUCUUUGGCCCCACCCCUUGGUCUUGAUCCCAGUUUAGAGGCUAAAGAUGGAGAACCUAGUGCAUCUAUAGUAUCCAGCAUAUUCCAGGAAGAAAGUGAAGGGCAAAUAUGGGGGCUAGUAGAGAAAGAAACAGCUGUAGAGGUUGAAGUGGUGAGAAACUUGCCGCAGAAAACAUGUCAAGAAGGAGACCUGGACAUGAAAGAAAUUCAGAACUCUCAGGAUCCUGUGGACAAAGAAACCCCGAAGGCUCUGGGAGUUGAUAUUCAAGAGUCACAAAUGUCCUUGGAAAACCAGAACCAUGAGACACUAGAAAAGGAAGAUCAAGAAUCACUGAGAUCUUUAGAAGAAGAGAACUUAGAAACACUAAAAAGUCUAGAAAACAAAAAUCAAGAGCUAUUGAAAUCUUUAGAAAAAAAAGACAUGGAGUUAGAGAGAUCUCUAGAAAAGGAGGCUCCUGAACUACCCAGGCCUAUAGGAAAAGAGGACUCUCAAACAUUGCAAUCCUUAGAAAAGGAGAACCAAGAACUAAGGAUGUCUUUUGAAGGUAAUCUAGAGACAGUUUCAUUUGCAGGAAAAGAAAAUCAAGAAUCAGUGAAGUCUCCAGAAGAGGAAAAAUUAGAAUCAUCAAGAGCUCUCAAAAAGGAGAACCAAAAGCCUCUGAUAUCUGAAGAAGCAGAGGACCAGGAAUCAUGGAGAGCUCCACCGAAAGAGAAUCAGAAGUUCCUGAGGGCUCUUGAAGAUGAGAACCAGGAGACUUGUAGAACUUUAGAAAAAGAGAAUCAGGAGCCAUCAAAGUCUCUAGAGGAAGAGGAUCAGAAGAUUGUGAGGCCUCUAGAAAAAGAAAACCAGGAGCCACUAAGGUCUCUAGAAGAAGAGGAUCAGAAGAUUGUGAGGCCUCUAGAAAAAGAAACUCAUGAGUCCCUGGGGUCUCUAAAAGAAGGGAAUCAGAAGAUUGUGAGACCUCUAGAAAAAGAGAAUCAGGAGCCACUGGGAUCUCUAGAAGAAGACCAGAAGAUUGUGAGGCCUCUAGAGAAAGAGAAUCAGGAAUCACUGAGACCUCUAGAAGAAGAGGGCCAGAAGAUUGUGAUACCUCUUGAAAAAGAGAAUCAGGAGCCACUGGGGUCUCUAGAAGAAGAGGACCAGAAGAUUGUGAAGCCUCUAGAGAAAGAGAAUCAGGAACCACUGAGGCCUCUAGAAGAAGAGGGCCAGAAGAUUGUGAUACCUCUUGAAAAAGAAAUUCAGCAGCCCCAAAGGUCUUUAGAAGAGGACCAGAAGAUUAUAAAGCCUUCAGAAAAAAAAGAGAAUCAGGAGUGUUCCUCUAACGAAGAGGACCAAGAGAAAGAGACUCAACAGCCACCAACAACUCUAGGGGAAGAACAGAUGACUUUGAGAUCUCUAGAAAAGGUGAAUCCAGAGUCACUAAAGUCUUUUGGAAAAGACCAAGAGACAGUUAGUUCUCUUGAAAAAGAGAAUCAAGUGUUAUCUACGUCAUUGAAAGAAGAAAGUGUAGAGGCGGUGAGAUCUUUGGAAACAGAGACUCUAGAACCAAUUGAGUCUUCAGGAGAAAAGAACCUGGAAAUAUUGAAAUCUCUAAAAACUCAAGAGCCACUAUGGUCUCUAGAAGAAAUUAAUAAGGAGACAAUGAAACCUCUAGAAAAGGAAAUUCAAGAACCACUGGUAUCUGUUGUAGAGAAACAAGAGACACUGAGACCCCUAGAAAAGGAGAAUCAAGAACCACUAAGAUCUCUGGGUGAGUGGAACCUAGAGAAUUUGAGAUUUCCAAAAGAGGCAGAGAAGGAAAGUCAAAGGGAUCCUGAAGAGGAAGAGAGAUUGGAGAAGGAAGAGAAUCAAGAGUCACUGAAGUUUCUGGGAGAGGAAGGGCAAGAGCUACCUUGGUCCACAAAUCAGCAGAGGUGGGAGGAUAUAGCUGUGGGGGACCAAGGGCUGAGUCAGGAAACCCACCCUAAGAGGGUUGGAGUGGGAAGUGAGGAUGAGGCAGAGCUGGACUUGAGGGACCAGGAUGGGAAGGAGGAGGCUGUACAGCAUGGAGUGCCACAGCCAAAUAUCACAGGGGAUGCCUGGAACCCAGGGAACCCUGGGCCCAAAGAGCAGAAGGUCCCAGCUGAGGGAGCUAGUGGGAAGGGAGCCACUGAGGACCUCCAGGACCCUGCAGGGCAACCAGAGCAGGUGGGAGCCCUAGGUCUUAGAGCUUCCCAAGGAAUGCCAGAGGUGACAGAGCCCCAGUGGGAAGAUGAGGAUGAGGCCUCAGAGGGUGACCAAGCCUUCCUGGAGGUCACCUUGGGACCAGAGACAGCCAGAGGUGAGUCUGCUGUAGGAGCCAAGCUGGGACUGGAGCAGGAGGUGAUAGGACCAGAGGACCCGGGACACCAGGCUAGAGAGGAGGCCAAGAAGCCACCCCUGGGGGAAGAAUGUUUGGAGGCAAAGAGAACAGAAGUCUUAGAGGCACCUGGAAAGGACCUAGAGGAGGCAGAUGUCCUGGAGGCAGCACUCUCCAAACUGUCUGGGCCAAACAGAGCCUCCCUAGAACCUCCCAAGGACUGGGAGGAGUCAGAGCCUGAGGUCCCCUGGGGAGCAGAGAAGGUGUCCCCUGUUGAGACCUCAGGAAGUGGGACCCCUCAGCCCCAGACUCAGGGCUCAAAGGAAACUGAGGAUGCUCAACCAGUGCUGGGACCCCCCAGCCCCAGGCCCUCUGAACCCUGGUUGCCCACCCCAAUCCUGGAAGAUGCCCCUGGGCCUCAGUCCCAGGCCAAGGGGAGCCUGGAGGCUGACUGGGGUCUGGAAGGUACCGCUGAAGCCCUGAGAAAGGUGGAGGGUGAGCAGGAGGAUUUAGGUCCUGGGGACAUCUCUGAAGGCCCCCAGGAGGAAGGAGAGGAAAGCAGAGAAGAGAGUGAGGCAGAUGAGUUAGGGGAAACCCUUCCUGACUCCACUCCCCUGGGCCUCUACCUCCAAUCCCCUGCCUCCCCCAAGUGGGACGAGGUAGGAGAACAGAGGCCCUCCCCGCAAGGGGAAGCCAGGAAGGAAGAAUGGGAUCCUACUGCCCUGGUCUCCAAGGGCCUUGGGGUCCAACCCUCAGAAGAGGAGGAGGAGGAGGAGGAGGAGCGUGGCCAUGACUCUGACCUGUCAGAGGAAUUUGAGGAUCUGGUGACGGAGGCGACCCUUCUUCCAAGAGACUCUAGGGAGGUGGCAGAACCUCUGGGCCAAGUGCCCCCGAUGCUGAAGCCUGAAGUCUGGGAUGGGGAUGGGGAGUCUGAUGGGUUUGCAGAUGAGGAAGAGAGUGGGGAGGAGGGAGAGGAAGAAGAGGAAGAAGAAGAGGAGGGGAGGGAGCCGGGGGCUCGUCGGUGGGGACCAGGGGCCUCUGUUAGCAGCCUCCAGGCCCUGAGUAGUUCUCAGAGAGGGGACCUCCUGGAGCCUGAGACCGUGGGUGUCAGUGUCCCCUGGGAUGAUGGCUUGAGGGCCUCUGUGACUGCCCUGGAAACUGAGUCCCAGGACAGUGCUGAGCCUUCGGGCUCAGAGGAAGAGUCAGAUUCUGUUCCUUUGGAGAGGGAGGACCAAGUCUCUGGCCCUUUAGAGACUCCCAGAGGGGUAGAAGACAUGGACCCAGGGGCAGGGGAUACUCUCAGUGUCAAUGGUCGGGACCCCAACUUGGAGGAGGAGCCAGAACAUGUGAAUGGAAGGGUGAUGAAUGGGCUGGAGCAGUCCCAGGGUAUGGGGCAGGGGAUAGAGGGGGCCCCUGACAGUGACAGAGGAAUCUCCUUACAGGAAGAAGAGGGGGGUGCCCUGAAGACCCCGUGGGCAGGGGGUCCCCUUCACCUGGGCCCUGGCCAGUUCCUGAAGUUCGCCCCAAGGGAAGGAGAGGGAGACUCCUGGUCCUCAGGGGAAGACUAGAAGCUGUGGCACUAAGGACUUGGUAGUGGGUGGUUGGCCCCAAGCUCCCUCCCUGCUCAGAGGCAGCACCCUUAACCUACUAUCUCUAGGUCUGUGGAUUCUGAGGGAUUAGAUGCCUGACUGGCUAAGGUGAAAUGGGGCGUGUCAGAGGAGCCUGUCUCCAAAAAUGAAGGCUUGGGGAAUAGGCACCUCAGAUCCUGCCAAGGGGUCAUCCCGCAUGCACCAUCUCUAAGGCUUAAGUCCUCUGAAGCUCUCUAUAGCAGGCCCUUUUUCCUCUGCAUCCCAUCAACUGAAGAAGGCCAGGACCCAGAGCUAUCUCCCAAGGGAGGGGCUGCUUGCCAGCCCUGUCCCACCUUGCAGCAGCAGCCUUGCUGUCAUGGGAGGUCUGGCCUGUGGCUAAUGGACAUGAAGAGUGUGCCUGUGUCCUGCCCCCUCCUGCGGGCCGUACUGUGACCCUGUCUGACUCAUCCCCGCUUGAAUAAAAUCAUGCCUUC